AUGAACUCUCUCAAUCUCAUCUCAUCCCGAGUUAUCGGACAAAGCCCAUCCCCUACACGACCUCGUUCAAGAUCCCAAGGCGAACCGCUCAAGAAAGGAUACGACGAAGACAACCAUAGAGGCAGGUCGUACAGCCACGAUCGUACAGCUCAGACUAAACAAGAGACCGAGGUUGAACUGUCAGAUGUGCUGAGCGCGUUACAGUCUCCGGACGAUGAGGAUGCUCCGAUCAAGGACGAAGACGAGCAGGAGCCGCUACUAGGUUCCGAUGAAAAGGGAGUUCUGGACAACAAUUAUCAUGGAUGGCAGGCAUUUUUGAAGAGACUGACGGAUGCCAUAACUGCGAUUCUGGCAGCCAUUGGCGCCCCCAUUGUCUACGUUGCAAGACACCUGAGAGGCCCAGAUGGCAAGUUCUCCCCAGUACCACGAUGGACGCGACAAGAUCAGAUAUCCGACAGUACUACUACGUCCAAUGCCAACGGUCUCGCCGACGCCACCCACGAUAGCGCCUGGAGCUUAGAGAAGCCCACCCACCGUGCGCUGCAGGAUACCAAACUACGCCACUCGUAUUCAUCCGACUCGACCAACACGGCUUCGGAUUCGGAUUCUGAGCAGCGCAAGGCCGAAAAAGCUUCGCGAAAGACCAAGCCAAGGAAGGAGAAGAGCGUGCGCGAGGAAUCAGAAACACGGCGAUCUUCUAUUCGUAUCAAGGAACAGACUGACCCUGCCCUGAAACGACGCAGGCAGAAGAAAGCUGCGAGUCCAUUGGGUGACAAUGGCCCUUUGACGGUCGACAACAUCAAGUCGCCAACUUCUCCUUCCCCUUCCCUGAAGAUGACGCGAUAUCCGCAUGCGCCACAGCCACUGCGACCUCUAAUUCCGCGACGACAGCCGUCAUAUGCCAACCUCGUGCCUCGUCCGCCGACCCGUGGUUCCGCGCCAUUGCAGCAAAAGACGUUGAUUCUGGAUCUCGAUGAAACACUCAUCCACUCCCUAGCCAAAGGCGGUCGCAUGUCUUCUGGGCACAUGGUCGAAGUCAAGUUGAACGUGCCUAUCGCUCUCAGUUCCCCUCAGCCUGGUCAGGUCACCUCAGUCCUGGGACCACAACAUCCCAUCUUGUACUACGUGCACAAGCGGCCUCAUUGUGACGAGUUCCUCCGAAAAAUCUCCAAGUGGUACAAGCUAGUUGUCUUUACUGCCUCGGUGCAGGAAUAUGCAGACCCUGUAAUUGACUGGCUAGAGCAAGAGCGGAAAUAUUUUGUUGGGCGAUACUAUCGACAGCAUUGCACUUUCAGAAACGGAGCCUACAUCAAGGACCUGAGCAGCAUUGAACCUGAUUUGAGCAAGGUGAUGAUUCUGGACAACAGUCCAGUCAGUUACAUUUUCCACGAAGACAACGCGAUACCGAUUGAGGGAUGGAUCAAUGAUCCGACAGAUAAUGACUUACUCCAUUUGAUACCCAUGUUAGAGGCCCUGCAGUACGUGACGGAUGUGAGGGCACUGCUGGCCCUUCGACGAGGAGAGGCAGACGCGGCCUCGUAG